CAAGCAACUUCAAAUCAACGUACGUUUUUGUUUGUUACAUCUUGUGUUCAUUAUUUAGGGCGUUGGACAAAUUUUCUUAAAUUAAAUGAAUUAAAGAAAAGUAUUAAUUUCUAUUCCAUCAGUAAAUCAAGUCAAAUAGUUGAAUAAAUUUCAUUUAUUUUCCAUUUGAAUUGUUGGAUUAUUCGCAAUGCUAAUUUGCAUUUAAAAAUUGUGUUUAAAUUUCCCAUCAAAUCCAACCUGGAAUUAUGUCCACAAUCGAUGAGCGUAAAGCCUAUCUAAAUAAUCCCUAUUUUACUGGACACAUUUACGGCAACUUUUCUCCAUUUUACGUUACAAUAACAAUUUGUACUGUCGUCUUGUUGUCGAUUUUGAUUUUGAAUAUAUUUUUGACGUGCUGCUCGAAGCACAGGAAAUAUUGGAAGGACAGGCAUACAGGUAAUCGUUGGCUAGUUUCUAUUUGGUCGGCUACACCACAUAAUCAGCCACCACUUGAUUUCACCGAACUCAAGGACGCCAGUCAUUUUGCUAGGACUGAGACUCAGCACAUUUUCAACGAAGAAAUCGAAUCAUCUCCAGCAGCUACCCACCAACAGCAGUAUCAGUUCCAUCACCAACAAGAACGUCCAGCACGUCCAUCACGUCAACAACGUGAAGAAUACGUUGAAUUACAAAAACGUGAAAGCGAUAUCUAAUAUAAGUUUUAAAUUUGACAAAAUGGCAGUUAUUCUAAUUUAUCCUGCCAUAGCUGCCCUCGCUAUGUUCAUUGUUGGAGUCAUUAUCAUAAUGUUGCGCUUUGGGCCACAACUAUGUCAUCUUCGUCAUCAUGCUCUUCCGGAUGACCAUAAUGAAUGGCGCAGUGCUGAUGACCGCGUUUGGCGUGGUGAAGCUUACGAUCAUGAAAUAAGUUUAGCAUAAGAUUAAAUACGAUAUAAGAGAA